AUGUAAGAGAUAUAGUAAGUUAACUGUGCUUUGGAAGAUCAAAAAUAGGGUAUUAUAAUUUUUAAAGUGAGAUAUCUUGCAAACCUCCAAUAAUUUACUGACCAUUACAGAUUUUAUUAUCAGUGUAAACGGAAACUUCAUUCCAUCCAUCAAGUAAAUUAAGGAGAGGGUCAGUAAAAAAACUAAUCAANGUUAAGAUUUCUCAAGGCGAUAAAAAGAACUUGAAAAGAACAAAUUUGAAUUUCAUCAUUUAAUCAGAGAUCUUCCUCCAUAAAAUCAAUAUAAUGCGCUUUCAAGUUUUAGUAAAAAUAUUAGAGUAAAUGAAACUUACAUGAGUAAGAUUGUAAAACUUUUUGAGAUGACUAUUCAAAGUAAUGGUAAAAUGGGAGAAGAAUUAUAUGAAAAUUGGUAAGAGAUUGUUAAUCAGGCUGAUUCAAUCAAUUAUUAACUAGGCACUCCUUUUAAUGAAUUCAUUAAAGAAUUUAGACCCAAUACAUUGGCAGAAUUAGACGAAUUGUAAAAUAGAAAAGCUGAAAGAAAGUAAACUAAGUUAUCGAUUGCCUGCCUUGAAAUUUGA